AUGUCAUGGCAAAAUUCCAACAAUCCCUCACGGCGGCCACCAGACCCGCGCCGUGCCGGCUCCCGGCCCAAUGACGAAGCAGAGUACCCUCUUCCGGGCCUCGUCCCGGCUUCCAACACAGUAACCUCCUCCAACCCCGCGCCCCUGCCUCGGAUGAUUGCUGCUGCACGCGAACGUCUUGCCAGCUCCAAUCGCGACAGGAUCAACUCGAUUCUCGGCGACAGCCCUUACACCACGCGGCGCUGGACACCGUCGCCAGGCGAAGACGCCCAGGAGCAGCAACACCCGCGCCAGAACCGUCCCAGCCCGCCGCCCUCGCGCUAUGAAGUCACUCACAUGAGCACCUCAUCACUCACCGUUCCGCCGCCGUGGGGCCAAUUUGAGUAUCCCAAUCGCAUGACCAGCCUUGAGCAGCUCGAUCGCACCCUAGAUGAGGCUAAUGCGCACCUGCGUGCGCUGCUCGACAUGACCUCGGCCAAUAGCGUCUCGCGUCAGCUCUUACCGACCACUCAAUCAUCAAAUUACACGCCACCCAUCCGCAGACAUGAUUUCACCUAUGACAAUCAGCGCAAUAAACGCAGAAAGGUCGACGAUGAGCGGUAUACGCACGCCACCGUCGAGAGCUUUCGCUACGGCCAUUAUGGCCAGGUCGAAGCCGGCGACUUGGAAAUGGAAAUGGUCAGCUGCGACGGCGGCAUGUUUUCAAAUGAGUUGUCGUAUGCCGCCGAAAACAUUCUUAAGAAUGACAACUCAGUCUACUGCACCAAAGGAAAUCGGUGCAACAUUGUCCUGCGUCAUCGAGGUUCCACGACGUUUACGCUAUCCGAACUCGUCAUCAAAGCUCCCGGCUCCAUGAACUACUCUCACCCCGUCCGCGAAGGCAUGGUCUUCGUCACCAUGGAGCAGGACGAUGUUCUGCACCGCACCGCCCAGUACCAAAUCCAGUACGCGCCGCCCACCACUGCCACGCCACGCGACCGUGUUACCUUUACCAAUACGGAUCCGCGCACGCGCUUCAACCGCGAGCCUCAGCAGACCGUCUCCGUCUCGCACAACCGCGACGGCACCCUCACCACUCGCGCCGGCCGCUCCUUCAUCUACAGCCAUGACAGCGACGUCCGCAUGCCCCAGAUGCCCCGCGAAUUCACCGCCAGCCAGCCCGAUUUCCGCAUCAGCACCGAGUUUAGCGAUGAGGAAGACGAUGUCACUGGAACCUUUGGCCCCACCCCCGUGUCCAUCCUUCGCCGGCCGCCACCAAACCGCAUCGGCACUCUGCCAUUUGAAAACGACAAUGAAGAUGACGACGACGACGCUUCCGAGGACUCGGACCCUGACCACGACCCCGUUACCACCGACUUUCUCUCUGACCACAGCCUGCGCCGCCUCCGCCGAGGCAACCCCGCCAGCACCAGCACCGCGGACCUCAUUCACAUCCACGCGGAUCACCAUCAUCAUCACAGCAACAACAACACCUCCCGCCAUAGCAAUGCCCUUGCCGAGGCCUGGGACGCUCACGCUAGCGCUACUCAAGACGCCAUCCGCGCCGUCGGCGGCGGUGCGAUGCUCGCACCGCACGCGCGCUUCCACAUUGAGAAGAAGAAGAGCAAGUGCACCAUUCGCUUCGACCCCCCCGUCGCCGGCCGCUUCAUUCUGCUUAAAAUGUGGAGUUCCCACCACGACCCCGGCAGCAACAUCGACAUCCAGUCCGUCAUUGCCAGGGGUUUCGCAGGGCCCCGCUACUUUCCCGCCGUGGAGAUGCGGUGA